UAUAACAUAUUACGUGUCGUAGAUUUGUACUCGAUAUUAUUUCUGAUUGGUGUUUUAUCACAGUUUCUGUUGAACAAGUGUUGAUCUUAUGACGUUAGGCAGAGUGAGUGGUUUGAUUCUCGGGGUCCUAUUGCUGGGGCUCUGUCAGAGUGAAGAUGCCGCUAGGCCCAAACCUAUAAUAGAAAAUUCACAAGAAUGCUCGAACAUAGUGAACUGUAUCGUUGACCCAUGCCAAGUAAGCGCCGAGUGUCCCGGAUAUCCCGACGCGAAAUGUGUAGCCAGCUACUGCGGGGGAUGUUACACUCGUUUUGUGGACUCCAGUGGCAAUGUUAUUGAAGAGUGCUCCCACCAGCCUAACCAACGAUGUGAAGGAGGACAGAAGUGGAAUAAGUGUGGUAGUCCUUGUACCAAGUCCUGUGAUGCUCCUAAUCCUCUUUGCACGGAGGUUUGCGAGGCUAAGUGCGAGUGUCCCCCAACCAAACCUAUUUGGAGAGAUGGAAAAUGUAUUACUGAGGAAAUGUGCCUGGAACCUCCUCCUCCUCCUGCAAAAGAGUGCAAGAGUAACCUUGAAUACAAUGAUUGUGGCAGUGCAUGUGUCCGACCUUGGCGCACUUGUAGUCAUAAGGAAGACACUGAAGCGUUCUCUAUAGCUGAGAGUGGGAAAAAGGAGAAUAAUCUCGACUGUCCUGCUGUCUGUGUAGGAAGAUGUGAGUGUCCUAAAGAUGCUCCUGUCCUUCAUAACCGUGUUUGCAUUCCUGAAUCUUCUUGUCCAGAGGAACCUGAGGAGUGCAAGGAUUGGAUACCUAAGUGUCCCGUCAACCCCUGUGAACAACACGAAUGCUCCUCAAACUCGGACGCAACCUGUAAGCCCUACUACUGUGGAGGCUGUUUCGCUAACUUCUUCGACGGCGAGGAAGUCGUCGAAGAGUGCAGCGCAAGUAAAGAAACUUGUAGUGGUGGCCAGGAAUGGAGCGAAUGUGGGCUGGCUUGUCUGAAGACUUGCAACGACCCUGAUCCGGUCUGCACCAAGAACUGUGUGCCCAGGUGUCAGUGUCCUGCUGACAAACCUAUCUGGAAGGAGGGAGAGUGCGUGGCAGUGAGCCAAUGUGACUCAAGUCAGUGUAAGAGCAACCUGGUGUUCAACGAGUGUGGAAGUGCUUGUACUCCAUCUUGUAGGGAUCCCAAUCCAAUGUGUACAGAGCAGUGUGUACCGAGGUGUGAGUGCCCCAAGGAACUACCUAUAUUCCAUCAACGUGUUUGUACUAUGGAGGAGAAGUGCCCGGAGAUACCUGAACCUGAGUGCAAAGGAGGAAUGGUAUUUGAGGAGUGUGCGAGCAAGUGCACCCCAACAUGUGCUGAACCCGACCCAUUCUGCACGUUCGAGUGCGUGGCUAAGUGUACAUGUCCUCCAAAUACUCCUAUUCUUCACAAUGGGGAGUGUAUGCCAGCCAACGAGUGCCCUGAGACGCCAGAAUGCGAAGGAGGGACAGUGUGGAACACGUGCGGUAUGAGCUGUACUAUCACAUGUGACGACCCCCGACCAAUGUGCACCAAGGAAUGUGUGGAGAAGUGUCAAUGUCCUCGGUCCAGUCCCUUCCUGCACGAGGGACAGUGUAUACCUAAGGACCGGUGCCCUGCUAAAGGUCAAUGUGAACACGAUGGAAACGUGUAUGAUGUGGGAGAUGAGUGGAAUACAGACCCAUGUACUUUUUGCUCUUGUAUGCAGAAUGAAGAAACAGGCGAGAAGAUUGAAAUGUGUGCCUCUGUUAAAUGCGCAUUCCCGAUCUGUGAAACAGAGGUCAUCUAUCCAAAGGACCAGUGUUGCCCUAUAUGUGCUAAUCCGUGCAGUGUCAAAACAAGUGAGGGAGAAAUUAAAGUAUAUGAAGCAGGAGACGAGUGGAGCCCAGACCCGUGCACAACUUGCCACUGUGUUGAAACAGGCGACGGUAAGAUGGAGCAGAUGUGUGCUAAGAUCUACUGUGACAUCCCCAUUUGUGAGACAGGAGAACUCAAAUGGAGUAAAGAUGCUUGUUGUCCUUCUUGUGCUGACGAGUGUACACACAGAGGAACAGGAUACGAGAUCGGUGACUCCUGGAAACCGGACGACUGUACCUCUUGCCAAUGUUAUGAGGAAGAUGGAGAGAAGAAGCAGAUGUGUGCCAUGAUGAGUUGCAUGCUUCCUGGACCUAACUGUAAACCCUAUUAUGUGCCUGGAGAAUGUUGUCCAAGAUGCGAGGACGACUGUUCAUUAGUGGAUUGUGCCAGCACCGACGGUUGCCUCUGGGAAGUAGUACAGCUGAAAGGAGAUUGCUGCCCACUUUGUCUGAAACCUUGUUACUCAGUCGAGGAUGGAGAGCUGAUUUUCCACAAGGAGAACGAGCCGUGGCAAGAUACUCCGUGCCGUACUUGCACCUGUGUCCGAGAUGAGAAAACGGGCUACAGAAACGAGUGUAUGGAGAUUGCGUGUAGCAUACCAAUUUGUGGACCAGAAUCAGAAGUUAUUUAUGACGAUAAGACAACGUGCUGUCCGUAUUGUUCUGAUCCGUGCUCACUUGGGAAUGAAACCUACGAUAUAGGGCAGUCUUGGAAACCAGACCGUUGUAUGAGUUGCGAAUGUAUCGAGGGAGAAGGAGGCAUUAAACAGAAGAUUUGCAUGGCCAUGGACUGUGCGCAACCCGAGGAAGGUUGCGAAUUUGUCUAUUCUGAAGACGCCUGCUGUCCCAUCUGUCAGAAGCCGUGUGAGAUGUAUGACGGAGGUAAAACUAUCGAGUACCAGCCUGGUGACGAGUGGAAACCAGACGCUUGUACUUUCUGCUACUGUGGACUCAACGGCGAAGGGGAGAAGGAGCAGUCCUGUGCGGUAGCCGACUGUUGGCAAAUGGAGGAAGACUGUGUACCUGUCUACAAGGAGGGAGAAUGUUGCCCCAUCUGCGAGAAAGAAGUAUGUGAGCUAAAACCCUACAUUGAUAACGGCAAAGCUGUAGACAAAGCAGGGACAGGCAAGGACGCUAGUUACACCUUCAAGUGUGACGAUGGCUACAGGCUCCAGAAGGAGAGUGGUAACACUGCCUUCUGCAACAAGAUAGGCCAGGCUGUCUACCCUGUUUGUGAAAAAUUGAGCAUCAGAACAAGGUUAGUGGAACAAGCUGCCCCUGGAACCUACAUCCUGGAGAUAGCCACACCAGACUCAACUGGAGCUGCUGAUAAAUGGGGACUGCUCUGUGAUGACGGCUGGAGUGAUAGAGAGGCUCAACUUGUCUGCAAACAACAUGGAUAUAAUUUCGGCAGAGCUGUGUCUCUACAGAGUGACAGGGUGGACUUCCUCUUCACCCAAAUGUAUUGUCCUAGAGACGAUGACUUCCUUUUCCAACAUUGCUCUGUCACCCGCUACACUGAUGCCAAGCUUCCUUGCGCCUUUAACGAAGUCGCUGGGCUCUUCUGUUAUAAUGCCGCAUUUGAGUACAGGCUUAAGGACAAUAUAAAAGCAAGCUGGUCCAAAAAGACCAUCUCCCUGAUAUUCGAAGUUUCAGCGCUGAAAUACGGUAAGCCACUGGACCUGAAGCGAGGUAUCUUCAAACUCGAUCCCUCUGACUUUACCAUCAGCUCAAUCAAGUCCUCCAGCAAAGCUACAAAAGCCAGGGUCAGAGUCAAUAAUGGUGUGGCUGCUGUAAGAAUGAAGAUGAAGAAACCAAAGAAUUUCCAAACUUCCGAUUGUAUCUCCCUCAGAAUUAAGGGACCAUCUCCGGAAUACGAUUACUACGAGGAGAAGAUCUGCAACAAAUACUAAUGGAAUGUUGUAAAAUUUUAAAACAUUUUAAAAAUACGAACAUUCUUUUUGAAUCACCCUGAAAUGUCGAACCAAGAAAUUUUGACAAAUCUAGAUUUUGAUUAGUGGAAAGUAAAAACAGAUCAUAUUAUUGUAGAAUAUCAGAAGUACUCUCUGUUUUACCGAUACUAUACUAUACGUUUGUAAUAGUUUUGACUUACAGAGUUACAGAUACAGAUUUAUUAGAUUUAUGUUACUGUUAGAUACAAAAAGCAUGAAGAUGAUGUUUAUAAGUUGUUUGAGCUGACGAUAGAAUACAAAUGAUUAAAAUGAUAAAAGUUCAAGUAUGUUUUAUUAUAAUAUCAUGUUAGAUCAGAAAAUAAGACUUUUAUAUCUGUUGACGAGAGUGUUAUAUCACGCUUAUAUAAUUAACGACAAAAGAAACGCCAUUCUUGGACGUGAGGAGAGUUAGGACUCCUCAAACUACAUUAAAUUAAUUCCUUUUGUAACAUCCUCAUUUACUAUAUGUUAUCACGCUUAUAAUAAA